AUGCCCGCGAUAUCUCUCAGAGACUCUCUGCUUCCGCAGCCCCCUUCGUUCUCUAAGAAGAAGGCGUAUGAAAUACAUAAGGUGCUCGGCGAAGGCUCCUUUGGCAAGGUUAUGCGCGCAACAUGGCACGUUCCAUCCGGUCAAACAUCCAUCGCAGAAAAGGGGGCAGCCGCGGAUCCCCACGGUGCCCCAACUCCCAGUUCUACCCUCCCCGUCAAGCCGCAACGCAGCAACACUGGCUCCAGUAUCUCUUCCUUCCUGUCAGCUGCCUCCAAAAACCAUCCAACCAAGAGCGCCCCGAGCGAACUCAAGAUCGACGUCGCGCUCAAAGUGAUCCCGAAGAAGAAGGUGAAAGGGAACGAAAGCAGCGUUUGGAGCGAAAUGGAGGUACUGAAGGGCCUGAGCCAUCCAAAUAUUGUGAAAUUCUACGAGUGGUUUGAGUCCCGCUCCAAAUAUUAUCUCUCCUUCGAGCUCGCUCAGGGUGGCGAGUUAUUCGAGCGCAUCACUCAGCGAGGCAAAUUCACCGAAUCUGACGCGGUCGCUGUGCUUCGAUCUGUACUAUCGGGUAUUAAGUAUCUGCACGAGCAUGACGUCGUUCAUCGUGAUCUCAAGCCCGAGAAUAUCCUGUACCGAACAACUGAGACGGAUUCGGAUAUCGUAAUUGUCGACUUCGGGAUCGCAAAGCACCUCCAUUCCCCGGAAGAGCAGCUGCACUCUCUCGCGGGCAGUUUCGGAUACGUCGCUCCGGAGGUGCUCAACAACAAUGGGCACGGCAAGGCGGUGGAUAUCUGGUCUAUCGGGAUAAUCACAUACGUCCUGCUAUGUGGCUACUCGCCGUUCCGAUCGGACGACAUGCAGGAGCUCAUCCGCGAGACGACCGAAGCGAAGUUUGAGUUCCACGAGCGCUACUGGUUUAAUGUCUCGCAGGAGGCAAAGGACUUCAUCACGCGGCUGCUCAAACCCGACCCCGCUGCGCGGCCCACCGCCGAAGAGGCACUGCGAGAUCACUGGUUGACCACGCACGAGCCGUCGACGGAGCACGACCUCUCUGGUUUGCGCACGAACUUCAACCCGCGUGCGCGCUGGCGCGCCGCCAUCAACAGUGCGCGCGCCUUGCACCGCUUCGGCUCGUCCGGCUCGCGCGCGAGCAGCGGCGGGUGGAAGUCGCACGGGAGCAUGAUCGACAGCGACGACGAAGACCACGAGCAGGACCAGGAGCGCACGGGCAGCAGCAGCACGCCACUCAACGGCCCCGGCGAGAACGAGCAUGUGACCGUGACUGCACCCGCGCAGGGGCACGUCGACGAUCGCGCAGCGGUACUGACUGGAGCCGAUGGUGCUGGCGCGCAAAAGGGUGGCGGCGAGAACGAGGUUGCGCGUGUCCCUGCUUCUGCCGAGGAGCCGGACACGACGCAUGCACCGGGGAAUGAGGAGGAAGAGGAGGCGCACGAGCCGCUCCACCAACAUGUGCCGACGCCGCUGCAGGAGACGCACGACGUGCAGUCGCAUCCACAACCGCAGCCACAGCCGCAGGAGAAGAAGCAGCUGCAGAUUCCGGACGAGGAAGACAUCAUCCCGCGCAGGUCCGAAGAAUCAGAGUACCUGCAAAUGCCUGGCUCGUUUGACCGCCAUCAACAUCAUCGACACCACCACCUUCACCACCAGAACGACCGUGAAGGCUGGAUGGCUAACAUCAUGAAGACGCUGCACAUACGAUGA